CGCAAGAAGUUUAUCUAAUUGGCUAACAACUGUAGUCAUUCAAACUAAGUCCCGCCUCCCCCCGGUGUCUAAGCCAAUGAUUUCCCUCCAAACAUUGCAAGGAAGUAGGUGCAGUUCAGACCAAGAGCUUUAGUGAAGCGGGAUGGCGAACACAGUCACCAAGGAGAUCUCCUACGAGGAUCUGAAAGCCCUUCUGGGAAAGAGCCAGAAUCUCCUCCUGGUUGAUGUCCGCUCUAAAGAAGAAGUGGAUAAAGGACGUAUUCCAGGAUCUGUUCACAUCCCGCUUGAUACAGUAGAAGCUGCCUUUUCAAUGCAGCCAGAACAAUUCAAGGCCAAGUAUGGAGUAACCAAGCCACCACUGGACGCCCCAGAGCUGGUGUUUCACUGCCAGGUGGGCAGGCGUGGGGGAAUGGCCACAGCCAAAGCCCAUGAGCUAGGAUACGUGAAUGCUCGCAACUAUACUGGAGGAUACAAGGAGUGGUCUGAGAAGGAGGGCAAGUGAUUCCUGUUGAAGGGAAGCCUCACAUAUAUUUAUACAGAAUAGCAAUUAUGAAAGCUUGACAGACAAAAUGGAGAAACCUGGUGCUGUUAUAUUUAUCUUUUAAUACUGUUUUGUUUUCAAAGAGUGCACCGUUGUAUUUAAAAUGUAUGAGUGAAUACAAAUAAAAUUAGCUAUGUUAUUUACUCAGAA